AGAUUUUCUGCCAUUCAUAAUUCAUUCCCUCUUGUUCUGGGUUCUUCGCGGCAAUCACACUCUCACAGCCUUCUGCAGACUGCAGUUCUGCUUCUCCGGUCUCCGCGACGCGCGACGUUCUUCAGUUCUCCGGUCUCUUGCUCGACGGUUCUCCGGUUCUGCACGGCGCACGAUGGUUCUCCACUUCUCCGGUUUUGCGCGACGCACGACGCCACGACGGUCCUCCGGCCUCGCUCUACAGCCUCGCACCGACACCCCUCAGCCAAGCAUUGUAAUUUUAAGGGUUAGCAUUUGCUGAAAAUUGAUCAAGAGGAGGAGGAUAGGAAAAACCUCAUCAGAUAUUCUUUUGUUCUACACCUACAAAUUAAGGUGAAUUGUCAAAUUGACAAAGCCCACUUGUUAUUGCAAUGUGCAGUUAGUAGACUAGAGAGGCCAUAAUCUGUAACUCCUUGCACGGUCGGCAGCCCAUGUUGACGCCUCGGAUUUCCUGCCCCUGCCUCUACCCGGCAGUUGCUGCAAUCGCCAACCACAUCAGCUUUGCCACUAUUUGUACUGCUGCCCAACAUGAAGACCCCUUCAAGGCCCACCCGUCCUACCACCACCUCUCUGCCAUCAAAACCAAGAGGGACCUGCUUCGGUCUUACACCGUCACACCACCAAUCCAAGCUUGGCCACGCUAUCUGACCCAUAAACGUCUCAUAUCUCUCAUAUCCCGCCAACUUGACCCAAACCUGGCCCUCCAUAUCUUCUACCACGCCGGUAAAUACCACCCUGGUUUUUCCCAUAAUUAUCAUACAUAUUACUCCAUCAUCCUCAAGCUUUGUCGAGCUCGUGCCUUUGAUUCUGUUGAGACCCUUUUGGCUGAAUUACAACAAACUAACAUAACUUGCUCUGAAAAUCUGUUUCUCACUGUCAUUAAAUAUUAUGGUAUUGCAAGUAAACCCAAGCAGGCCAUCAAGACUUUCUUGAAAAUCAAGGGCGUCGGAAUUGAAAGGUCGGUGAAGUCUUUUAAUACCCUGUUGAAUGCUUUGGUUAAUAACAAAGAGUAUGAUUUGGUCCAUGGCUUGUUUAAGAUUUGUAGAAACAAGUUGGAUAUUGUGCCUAAUGUGUUCACUUGUAAUAUUUUGUUAAAGGCUUUGUGUAAGAAAGGUGACACUGACGGUGCAGUUAGAAUUUUAGAUGAAAUGCCUGCAAUGGGCAUAGUUCCAAAUGUUGUUAGUUACACCACCAUUCUAGGUGGAUAUGUGCUUAGAGGUGAUAUGGUGGGUGCCAAGAGAAUGUUUAACGAGACCCUUGAUAGAGGAUGGUUGCCGGAUGCAAUAACAUAUACUAUUUUGAUGGACGGUUUUGUUAAGACAGGGCAAUUGAUGAAUGCGGUUAAGGUGAUGGAUGAGAUGGAGGAGAAUGGGGUGAAACCAAACGAUGUAACUUAUGCAGUGAUGAUCGAGGCUUUGUGUGAGGGGAAGAAGUCAGGUGAAGCCGUGAGCUUACUCAACGAUAUGCUCGAGAACAGGUAUGUACCAAGUGAAACCCUUUGUUGUAGGGUGAUUGAUGCCAUGUGUGAAGCAGGGAAGGUCCAAGAGGCAUGUGAUCUAUGGAAGAAAUUGUUGAUAAAGAAUUGCACCCCGGAUACUACAAUAUCAAGCACGCUUAUACAUUGGCUAUGUAAGGAGGGCAAAAUCUGGGAAGCAAAGAAAUUGUUCGACGAGCUCGAGAGAGGCUCGGUGCCCAGCGUGUUGAUGUAUAACAUGCUAAUUGCAGGAAUGUGCGAGAAAGGCGAGAUAUUAGACGCGGGGAGGCUAUGGGAUGACAUGGUGGAGAAGGGGUGCACUCCUAAUGCUUUUACUUAUAACAUGCUUUAUAAGGGAUUUUGUAAAAUUGGUAAUGCACAAGAAGGAAUUAGAGUUCUCCAGGAGAUGGAGACCAAAAAUCUUAAGAUUUCUAAGGAGAAAGUCAGCCGUAUAUGAAAGGAUGAAAAGUAUUUGUUGUGACAAUCUUAGAAGCAAAUGAUGCCAAUAAAUAUUUCAUAUCAAUUUGGGGUUCAUAU